AUGUCAUUUCAUGUGCAUCAGAUUUUAGAAUUAGAACCACUUGAACUUGGUGAAACUUUUUUUCAACUUAACACCUGUUCUACAGACAAUAUUGAUAUAACCACUACCACAAAUCCUGUCCUUUCUCAAAAUGUUUCUCAAACAAAUUCCAUGUGGACAGCAUCAGAAAAAUUUAAAUCAAUUAAACAAAAAUUUGAUUCUUACAUAUUGUAUCAACAUCCUUGUGUCCCAUGUUCUUAUUGUGGUCGAUUACUUUACCCUCAAAAGGCAAAUUGGAUUCAACGAAGAGAAAACUUUGAAUACCCUUUAACUCAAGCCUACCCAAAUCUGAGACUUGUCACAAAUCCAAAUCCACCUGAAGAUCGAAUAGCAGUAUGUAGUGCCUGCAAAAAAAAUACAACCAGAAAUUUCCCCCCUCAUUUACCUCCAAUUCCAACAGAAAUACAACAGAUACCCCUUUCCAAAAGAAAAUACCUAUCCCCAAUUUACCUACAUUCAUCACUUGGACGUACUUCAAAUCUUAAUAUGUACUCUGAAUAUCGAUCAAUUACUGGAACUUUCAACUAUUCAAGAAAUAUUAGAUCACUUACCUUGUAUUCAGGAAUAAUUGGUGCCUUCUUGGAGGAUUAUAAUCAAAAUAACCAAGAUCACAAUUGGUUUGAUAGAACUUUAGUUGCAGGGGCAAAUUGGCUAGCUGAAAAUAAUCCAUAUUUACGUGAAUAUAGAGGAACACUUGUAACAAAUUCAUCUGAAUCUAGACCUAGACCUCCAUUUCCCACAGCAACUCAUUUACAAGAUGAUGAAUCUGCUCCAGAAUUUUUAACUG